AUGAUCUCCAGACGCUCCUUGGUGGUGAUGGUGGCCGUGAUGGCAAUGGUGUACGUCGCAGCAGCUGGAGGAGGAUAUGAGGUGGAGGAGGAUUUGGUGGAGGACGGGGUGGAGGGUCAGCAGGAGGCGGAUUUGGAAGGGGUGUUGGUGGAGGAAGCGGUGGAUUUGGUGGAGGAGGAGCUGGAGGAUUCGGAGGCGGCAACGCACUUGGUGGCGGCGGCGGCGGAGGAGGAUACGGCGGAGGUCGUGGCGGCGGCGGCGGCGGAAGUGUGCUCCCCGCAGUUUUCCUGGGAAGUGGAAAGCUCUCUGGCGGAGGCGGCGGCGGGUUUCGGAGGCAGCGGUAGCGGGGCUGGAGGAUUCGGAAGCAGCGGUUUCGGCAGCGGUGGUGGAGGCGGUGGAUUCGGAGGCAGCGGAUUUGGCAGCGGUGGUGGAGGCGGUGGGUUCGGAGGCGGUAGCGGGGUGGGGGAUUCGGAGGCAGCGGUAGCGGGGCUGGAGGAUUCGGAGGCAGCGGUAGCGGGGCUGGAGGAUUCGGAGGCAGCGGUAGCGGGGCUGGAGGAUUCGGAGGCAGCGGAUUUGGCAGGCAGUGGAGGCGGUGGAUUCGGAGGCAGCAGCGGUGCUGGAGGAUUCGGAGGCAGCGGUAGCGGGGCUGGAGGAUUCGGAGGCAGCGGCGGCGGGGCUGGAGGAUUCGGAGGCAGCGGAUUUGGCAGCGGCGGCGGAGGAGGCAGCAGCCGUGGAAGCGGUGGCGGCUACGGAAAAUGA